ACUCCAUUAUCUAGGGCUGUAUCCUGCUCACACUCUGCCAGCAACUUAGGACGUUAUCUUAAAAUUGUUUAGUUAAUGAGAGAUGUGAUCAGCAUUUGCUUGGAAAUGAUUUUAUGCUAUUCAUUUUUUCUGGGUACAAGAGAUUUCGCAUAUUCACCGGACACUGGCGCGUUAUUUUUGUUUUGACAUUUAGUGAAUCACUGAAACUGUUAUUAAACCACUGGGGAAAAUUUGUGGAAAGUGCCUGUCGGCUUGUUCACGCAUCGCUUUUAUUUGCCACUGGAUACGUCAUGAUCCCUUAAAGUAGGCUGGGGUUUGUGGACCGUGGGCUCGCCGCACGGAGCUUCAGUCAGUGCCGAGUUGCCACAAUAUGCGAGAGAGAGGCGCCUCUGCAGCGGCGGCACCGGGACUGGGCGGCUUUUCCUGCGCAUCCCCGUCAGCUCCUAGACCGGGAGCGUAAGGUGGCAACUGGAAGGUAGCAGGACCCUGAAUACAAGCAAAAUUUGCACUUACUGUAAGUGACUUACGUUCGUUGCGUCAAUGGAGUCCCUCAGAUACUUUUCUCAUUUUGUGCCAUCCUGCAUUGUUUUAUGUAUGCAAUACACAACAGUGUGUUUAAUGCCUGCUGUCAGAAAUUGCUACCGGAGACAUUACUCCUGCAAUUAAUAGUUCACCGCCGCUUUUGUCCUGAGCGCCGUUUUCUGCUGAGUAUGACUUUGGAGAACAAGCGUGGAAAGGGCUUAUCUUUCACGGCGAUGGGGACGGAGGACGACUCGCCAAGGAACGGGAGGAGACUCUCGGAUCAAUGGGCGGACAGUGUCGCGGUCCGACCUAGAACAACCGAGCGGCGCAUCACCGUGCACAAGAGAAUGGUGCUGGGCUUCGCCGUAUCUGUGCUCACCCUCAUCCUCCUUACUGUUAUCGCCGUGCUGCUCAGCUUCAAGUUUGAGGACUGCUCGGGGGAGAUCACCCCGCGGGCUCCAAAUACAUCUACCACCAAGUCCAACCAAUCCCGGGACCCCCAGGUCAAUCAGAGAGAUGAGGAGGUCCAGCCGUGGCGACAGUCGAGGCUACCUGGCUCCUUGAGACCACGACACUACGACUUGAGGCUCUCUGUGUACAUGGACAACUUCACCUUCUCUGGAGAAGUUCACAUUGAGUUUGAGUGCGUAAACUCCAGCAAGUUCAUCGUGCUGCACGUGGACGGGCUGCAUGUGGAGAAGGUGGCCGUGUACUGGGACAGCAAGAAGCCGGGCGCCCUGCGCCUCCACCGCCAGUUUCACUAUCCGUCCAACCAGCUGUAUGUGAUUGCUCUGUACAGGGAAUUAAAACCGCUCAGAACCUACAAGAUGAAUAUCACUUUCGAAGCUCAGAUCGAAAAUGAGCUGCUGGGGUUUUUCCGAAGCGCUUACGUUUUGCAUGGAGAAAGAAGGUUUCUCGCAGUAACGCAGUUCUCGCCGACUCACGCCAGAAAAGCCUUCCCCUGUUUCGAUGAGCCCAUCUAUAAAGCCACCUUCAAAGUGAGCCUGAAGCACGAAAGCGCCUACGUGUCCCUUUCCAACAUGCCGGUGGAGAUGUCCGUGCUGGACGAGGACGGCUGGGUGACCAACUAUUUCUCCAGGACGCCCCGGAUGUCCACCUAUUACCUGGCAUGGGCAGUGUGCAACUUCACCUACAAGGAGACCUUCACCAAAAGCGGAGUGCUGAUCCGCCUGUACGCCCGACCCAACGCCAUCAGCAGGGGUUCCGGCGACUACGCCCUGAACAUCACCAAGAAGCUUCUCCAGUUCUAUGAAGACUACUUCAAAGUGAAGUACUCGCUGCCAAAGUUAGAUCUGCUGGCCGUGCCAAAGCACCCCUAUGCCGCCAUGGAGAACUGGGGCCUCAGCGUGUUUGUGGAGCAGAAGGUACUGCUGGAUCCCAAGGUGUCCUCCUUCUCCUACCUGAUGGAGCUCACCAUGGUCGUGGUCCACGAGAUCUGUCACCAGUGGUUCGGGGACCUCGUGACCCCGGCCUGGUGGGAGGACGUGUGGCUGAAGGAGGGCUUCGCACACUUCUUUGAGUACAUGGGAACCGACUUCCUCUUCCCGAAGUGGAACAUGGAGAAGCAGCGCUUCCUGACGGACGUCCUGCAUGAAGUGAUGCUGCUGGACGGCCUGGCCAGCUCUCACCCCAUCUCGCAGGAGGUCUACCAGGCUGCAGACAUCGACAGGGUCUUCGACUGGAUCGCGUACAAGAAGGGGGCUGCCCUGAUCCGCAUGCUGGCCAAUGUGCUGGGCCAGCCCGUCUUCCAGAGGGCACUGAAUGACUAUUUGAGGACCCACAUGUAUGGGAACGCUGGGCGAGAUGACCUGUGGAACAAGUUCUCUGAGGCGAUGCAGAAGGAAGGGAAGCACAUCAACAUCAAGGAGGUGAUGGACGGCUGGACGCUGCAGAUGGGCUAUCCUGUGGUAACCAUCAGCAGAAACGAGAGUCUGGACCACAGCGUGACCAUCAGUCAGGAGCACUUCCUCUACCACGCUGAUGCCAAGAGAGCGGACAUGAAGCUCUUCAACACCAGCUUCCAGUGGCAGAUCCCAUUAACCCUUUCUGUGGGCAACUCCACUCAUGUAUCCUCAGAGUCAGUCAUUUGGGUGUCUGACAGGUCAGAGCUGCACAGAAUCAGCCUGCUGGGAGAGGGCACCUGGCUACUGGGAAACAUCAACCAGACCGGCUACUUCAGGGUCAACUACGACCUUCAGAACUGGAAGCUGCUGCUGGAGCAGCUGAUGAGGAACCCUGAGAUAAUCUCUGUGGGGAACAGAGCCGGCCUCAUCGAUGACGUCUUUAAUCUUGCCAGGGCUGGGUAUCUCCCCCAGAACAUCCCCAUGGAGAUCAUCUGCUACCUGCCCCAGGAGAGGGAGUUCCUGCCCUGGCACGCGGCCAGCCGCUGCCUCUACCAGCUGGACAAGCUGCUGGACCGCACCGACGAGUACAGCGUCUUUAGCGACUAUGUGCUGAAGCAGGUGGCCUCUGUGUACCACCGGCUGGGAUGGCCCACCAGCUUCUCCAACAGCUCCAUCAUGCACGGCGCUUACCAGACCCAGGAGUUGCAGAGGGAGGUCAUCAUGCUGGCCUGCAGUUUUGGGAACAAGCAUUGUCACCGGCAGGCUGUGUCGCUCAUCUCCGACUGGAUAUCAAGCAACAAGAACAGAAUCCCACCCAACGUGAGGGACAUUGUCUACUGCACCGGAGUGUCACUGAUGGACGAGGACGUCUGGGAGUUCAUCUGGAUGAAAUUCCACUCCACCACUGCCAUCUCGGAGAAGAAGGUGCUUCUGGAGGCUCUCACCUGCAGUGACAACACCUUCCUGCUGAACCGGCUCCUGAAUCUCUCGCUGGGCACGGAUCUUGUUCCUGAUCAAGACGUGAUAGAUAUCAUCAUACACGUGGGCCGGAAUCCCCACGGAAGGCCUUUAGCCUGGAGGUACUUCAGGGAGAAGUGGGAGAUUUUGAACGCCAGAUAUGGUGAAGCGCUCUUUAUGAACUCGAAAUUAAUCAGCGGCGUUACAGAGUUUCUAAACACAGAGUCGGAACUUUCUGAGCUGAAGGAAUUCAUCCAGGACAACGAGGGAGAGGCCAGCUCAGCCUUAGCCCGUGCCGUGGAGAUCGUGGAGGCCAACGUGAGGUGGCACUGCCACUACCGGCAGCAGUUCUUCCAAUGGCUGAGGAAACGGCCCAGCAGUUAAUGCGCGGAAAUGAGCUGUCCAUGCAGGAAAUGCGCGGAAAUUACCUGUCCAUGCAGGUAUUGCGCGGAAUGACCUGCCCAUGCCACCAUAUCACUAAAACAAAGAGUAACCUCCUCGGGAAUUGGACCUGGAUUCAUGUCAUUUGCAAGUGAUUAAUUGGUCAUUUUGAUUUAAAAAAUUAAUUUUUAAAAUUUUACACAUUGUGAACAGAACCCUGUGUAUUGGAAGAAGGCAUUUUUAUUCAUCCAAAACAGACCUCCCUGGCCCAAUGAGGACUACGGUUGUGAAUUUCUGCAUGGUGAACAUUUUUCUGACGACUUACCCCUCCUACCUUUUGCAUGGCCGUUCAUUCUUUUGCCUGGUCCAGCAUCCUGUCUUCUGACCUCAACCCAGUUUUGUAAACUUGGAAUCGUUCCCGUGUACCACACAAACAAACAAAACAAAGAAUAAAAGUUGAAGAACUAUUGGCAAAAGGAUUAAAACGGACACUUGUGCAGCUGCUACAGGCAAAGACGUCAGUGACAAUCAGUGUUUCAGGACAGAGGGGGGAAAAAUCACAACCGCUGAGGGAAAAUGUGCUUAAAUGAGCGUGACUUCCACCAUACGACAAGUCAGACAGCUGCCGAGUGAGAGGAUGGACGCAGUGACGGCGACGGGGUCCAACAUGUGACACAUUCCUUCUGGGGCAAAAAGAGGAGAAAUGUUGGAAGAAGAGGUCCCUCCUUUCCAUGUGAAGCAAGGAGGUGCUCAAGGUUCAAGCUGCUCUGGUCUCUGGGGCGCGCUGUGUGGCUCAGCAUGUUAGAACACUGUGUUCGCAACUGGAAGGCCAGCAGAGUGAUGUCAUCGUUGGGGCCCUAAGCAAAGCCCUCAUGGGCCCCCAACUGCUCCUGGGACUGACUGACCCUAAACCCCCCCUUCAAAAAAAAUGUUUGUUUACUAAAUAAAUAAAAUAUAAAUAUCUAUGAUUGUGGGGAUGUCGAUGUGUGUGUGUGUGGAACGCGUGAGGGAUUGUUUGAUUGGGUCAACCAAGUGUUACCGUGAUGACAGGGUGUGGGGUCAAAGGUCAGCGAGUGACCUUGUCAAUCCCACACUCACUUUGACGGGUGAUGAGCCAAACAGCCCCUUCUCGUCAAUGUUUCACUUGUAUCCAUGAUGUCCAAGCUACAUUUUUUUUAUACCUUGAAACUCAACCCCAUUGCCAAACUGUAUGUUAAAAUGUGCAACUACUAAUUAUUUAUGUAUUUAUUUUUAAAUGCGACUGUGUUUUCUGCAUAUAAUGCAGACUACCUGUGAGGUUUUAAUUCUGAAGUGUACAGAGCCACUGUCUGGUUCCUGGACAUGUGUG